CAGCGCGUGGCCUGUGAGGUCAAGUUAUCCAACACCUCUAACACCUGCAACAUUGGGAAGUAACAAUGCCAACCGCAUAUCGGAAAUUAUGAAAUAUGGUUUUCCUGGUUUAGACAAUAUUAGAUCAUUUGAUAAUUUUAUUUUGAGUUACGAUCGUAAAACUCGUGUUGCCCAUUGGGUAUUUGAACACUUAACUAAAGAAAAUAUGAAAUUUAAUGAAGGCGUCGAUAGAGCAUUAUGUGAGUUUCAAGCAGAUAAAAGUAUACAUCAUUAUUUUAGAUCGGAAAACACUGAUUACAAAGGAUCUGGAUAUGAUCGUGGUCAUUUAGCAGCAGCGGGUAAUCAUAAAGCAAGUCAAAAGUAUGUAGAGCAAACAUUCCUGUUGUCUAAUAUGGCACCUCAAGUUGGAGUGGGUUUUAACAGGCAUUCAUGGAACAGGUUGGAGAAGUACGUCAGAAAGAAAGCCAAAGUGAAUAACAAUGUUUAUUGCUGUACUGGACCUUUAUACUUACCUCGUAAAGAAUCCGAUGGAAAGAAAUACGUUAAGUAUGAAGUCAUAGGUGCCAAUAAUGUGGCUGUACCCACUCAUUUCUUUAAAGUUAUUCUAUUUGAAACAACAAAUGGCAUUCUAGAGUUAGAGGCUUAUGUAAUGCCUAAUCAAGCAAUAGACGAUGCAAUACCCCUUGCUAGUUUUCAGGUUCCACCUGACAGUAUUGAACGAGCUGCAGGUUUAUUAUUUUUUGAUAACAUUGGUAAAACUAAAAUUAGUAGAAUCAAUGGUAAGAAUAUUUAAGUGGUGAUCUCAUAGUGUUGUACUUUACUACCUAAGUCACUGCUCACAGUAACAAUAUGUGUUUUAACUGUUCUUGUUGGAUUUAUAAAGAUGAGCAAUGGAACCUAUCCACAAAAGUGAUUGUAUGAUAAAGAUAUAGUAACGGGUGUCCCAAAAUUAACGCAAGAUUUGAAUUUGCCGCCAUUUGUGCGGUGAAGUGUUGGCAACCCUGAAAAAAAAGCAAUUUGACAG